AUGAUGAGGAAGUCCAGCGGGACCAAGACGCGGAAGGUGACACCGCCGUCGCCGACCUACAUGUCCAAUGAUCAAUUCGCAAACUAUCUCUCCGAGUUGCGUUCCAACCGAACCGCACGACCCGGCGGAGCGAGGCCGCUGCCGCCAUCCGGUGGCCGUUCUACACCUUCACGCACGAGCCUCGGUCGACACAGCAUGGACGCUCCGCCUCCCCCUCAGGCUGCAAUGAAAACAAACCAGCAGCGGAUGCCGUCUCAGGCACCAAGUGUUGGUGCUGGCAGCGUCUCCUCUCGAUACUCAAUGUCAAGCGUUCGCGGCCGAGACUACUACCCUGUCAGUCCAGCUGCACCUUUGAAACCAUCUGAGGUUGUCCCAACUGCUACUUACAUGGAGCGGGGUCAACGGUGGAUGGAAAAGGAGGAGGCUUGCUCUCUGCGCGAUGCAAUGGACGAGAUGGACAUCCGUGACGGCUCCAAGGAGCCCGUUGACGAGGAUAUCCGCAUCUACAAUGCUGCUCUCGAUGAGGCAGCAGAGUUGGUCUGGCAACACCAGAAUGGAAUCCAACCGCCGCAACCAGAUGGACCUUACCGCUACAAGCCGCAUCUUAGAAAGGACAGCUACGCGCACGCCCGUACUGCAAGCAUUGGAAGGUAUGGCGACGACAUUGCCCCCAGCGGCUUAGGUCGCGACCCUGCCUCCCGAUCUGUGUCCGGUAGCUCUACGGACAGCUCUGGAUCACAACCAGGCAAUCGAGGGUCUUCGGAGUCUGCCAGGUCCGCCACGGUUUCCACCAGACCAGCCAAACCAUAUGGCAGUGUUGGUGCCGCUGGCUUUCGACGUCGCAGUAGCCUUAAGAGGAACAUUAGCGGCGAGGUCGAGCGCCCAUUCUCUGGUGAUCAAAUCUGGGAGGAGCCUGAAAGCUCUGCGGCAAACAACCUGGUCUUGUCGGGUGGCCGAGCCUCGCCAGACAAGCUCAGCAGCAUGAAGCAGAAUCCCCUGAACAGGACGCAGAUGAGCCAAGCUGCCAACAAUGCUAUGCCACCACCAGCCAAGCCUCUCAACAGAGUUGACAUAUAUCACAACCCUCCCUCUCAGUCACGGAAUGCGUUUUACACGACCAAUUCUCAACUGCCAAAGACGGAGCCAGAGCCAGAGGUGCAACGGAAGAAUGGGGUGGAAGUCCGCAGCGACGAUAUUCGUGCUGCCACGAGCUUCAGGUUGAAAGACCGUAGCGCCAAGCUGCCAGAACCGACCGCCGUUAGCGACAGUCCUGGACGGCCGAUUGUAAGCUUUGAUACUAAUUGGAAACCGGCCGAGGAGUCAACUGAUGCCAGCCCAGACCGGCCAAACCAAAUCGCGCCGCUCAACAUCAAAAGAAAGGCGCACCAGCAACCGCCCGAGCCUAUGGUCGUCCCUCUUAUCAAUGUUGCGGAAGUCGACCCGCCGCAGCCACGGACGACGCCAUCCACGAAUAUUCCAACAAUCUCAGUAGCUGGGUGCGAUGACCCGCCGAAGAAUAAGAAGAGCAGCGUUCCUACGAUAAACAUCCCCUCGAUUACGGUUGGCGAUGGGUCAGAAACCAACAAUGUGCCCGCCAUUAUAACCCCGGAUACAAGGAAGCCGACAGGUAGCUCGAGACCUCUUCCGGCUCCAACAUCAUCCAGGACCAAAGCUAAAGCACCGAGGGCCCAACUACCUCGUGGUCAUUGGUCUCCAGCUGCUGGCAGCAUGGGAAGACCAACCACGACAUGUCAUGAGUGUGGUUUCCCCAUCGAGGGCAGAUUCGUGGCACUAGGUGGCUCCCAGGAGCGAUUCCACCCUCAGUGCUUUAGUUGUUUUUCCUGCGGUACCAGUCUGGAGGCCAUGGAGAUAAGCCCAGAGCCUGACUUGCAACGAAAAGCUCGUCUUGAGCGUAUUCGCCGUCGUGCAGCAGGAGAAGUGUUGGAUGAGGUGCCAGGUAUGACAAUGGAGGAAGAUGGGGACGAACGCCUUCGCUUCUAUUGCCAUUUAGACUGGCAUGAACUGUUUGCACCGCGCUGCAAGCACUGCAAGACCCCAAUUCUGGGUGAGCACAUUGUCGCUCUUGGGGAGCACUGGCACUACGGGCAUUUCUUUUGUGCAGAGUGUGGCGACCCAUUCGAGCAUGGCAUGACUCACAUCGAGAAGGACGGCUACGCGUGGUGCAUCAAGUGUCAGACAAAGCGAACGGAGCGACGAGCGCCAAAGUGUAAGAUGUGCAAGACGGCAGUUAUUGGCCAAUACAUUCAAGCACUUGGCGGUGAGUGGCAUGAGCACUGUUUCCGCUGUGCUCAAUGCGAAGGGGGGUUUGUCGACGGACAGAUUUUCCCAAAGGAAGUCAAGGGAGUCAUGGUUGUGCUGUGCACGGAAUGCCGAACACGUGAGCUGAAGGCAUGA